GGAUUGAUUUUUCCCUUUAGCGAUCUACUAGUAUGAUCGAAAGGAGAGCGGGAAAUUAACAUUUUCCUCCGAGCAGAACGCCCGAGGUUAACCUGGUCGGACUUGAGUUUUUCGUUGGCGACACAGACCACAAGUCUUCCCAGAAACGAUCCAAAAUGUCUGGCCGGGCUCGUGCAAGAUCACGAGGCAGAGCACGUGGUCAAGAUACCGCCGUGCCUGGAGCGAGUAAAUCCCAGGAGCCGGUGCCACCUCCUGCCCCUCUUGCAGAGACUGAGUUGGUUGGUAGAGGCAGACAGAAAGGUGCUCCAGGAUCAUAUUCCACUGAGGCUCUUCUGCAGAUCUCAGCUGGCUUUCAGCAGGUUAAACUUGGAGAAAGAGGUGGACAUCGUCGGGAUGUCAAUGACUUUGGAAUUAACACCAGACAGUUGAUGGAACAUGUGAAGGAGUCCAAGUGUGGUACAUCUGGAUCUCCCAUUCAGUUGACCGCAAACUUCUAUCGAAUCCUGUCCCGACCUCAGUGGGUCCUGUACCAGUAUCAUGUUGACUUUAAACCACCAAUGGAGUCUCGGCGUCUUCGAACUGCCCUACUCUAUCGACACACAGACGUGAUCGGGGAUGCCCGGACCUUUGAUGGAGCUUUGCUCAUUCUGCCACGCAGACUUCAUUGCAAGGAAACUGUGUUGCACAGUGAAACCAAAAGUGGUGAGAAGGUCCUGAUAACUGUCACUCUGACAAAUGAACUGCCGCCAACAUCCCCAGUCUGUAUUCAGUUCUACAACAUCCUCUUCAAAAGGGUCUUGAGACUUCUGGAAAUGCAGCAGAUUGGACGCAACUACUACAACCCCAAGACUCCACUCAACAUUCCACAACACAGCCUAACCAUCUGGCCAGGGUACUCUACCACCAUCUUGCAGUACGAAUCAUCCAUCAUGUUGUGCACGGACGUCAGCCACAAGGUGCUGCGCAGUGAGACUGUGUUGGACUUCAUGAUCAACCUGAGGCAGAAGUGUGGAAAUCAACGCUUCCCUGAUGCCUGUGCCAAGGAGCUCAUUGGACUCAUUGUUCUCACAAAGUACAACAAUAAAACCUAUCGGAUCGAUGAGAUUGCUUGGGAUCACAACCCCAGCAACACCUUCAAGAGGGGAGACACAGACAUCUCAUUCAUCAACUACUACAAGACACAAUAUGGUCUGGACAUCAAAGAUGGAAACCAGGUCCUGCUGGUCAGCAAUGUGAAGAAGAGGACGGGACCAGGCGGAGGCCCCCCUCCCGGGCCAGCGAUGCUCAUCCCUGAACUGUGCUACCUGACAGGUUUGACUGAUAAAAUGCGAAGUGAUUUCACCAUCAUGAAGGACCUGAGCGAGCACACCAGACUGAGCCCUGACAAGAGAAUCAGCUGUCUCAGUGGAUUCAUUGAAGACAUUAACGGGAAUGCAGCUGUGCAGGACGAGCUGAAAAAGUGGGGACUUGGCUUUGAUAAACAUCUGCUGAACCUGACUGCCAGAGUGCUUGGACCAGAGAGAAUCUUCCAAGGACAGAGAUCGUACGAGUACAACCCUAUGUCAGGUGACUGGUCCAGAGAGAUGAGGGGAAUACCCAUCAUCAGCUCUCCUCCACUGAAUGACUGGAUCCUGCUCUACACACGCCGCAACUCCAAUGAAGCUCAGUCCCUCCUGCAGACCCUCGGCAAAGUGUCAGGUCCGCUUGGUUUGCGACUGCAGAGAGCUGUUAUGAUCGAGUACGAAGACCACCAGGAAUCUCUUCUCAGAGCUCUUCGGGAGAAUGUUGGGGGGUCCACACAGAUGGUGGUGGUGAUUCUUCCCAAUAACAGGAAAGACAAGUAUGACAACGUGAAGAAGUACCUUUGUGUGGAGUGUCCCACUCCCAGCCAGUGUGUGGUGUCCCGCACGCUCAGCCGACCACAGGCGCUCAUGACUGUGGCUACCAAGAUUGCCCUGCAGAUGUCCUGCAAAAUGGGAGGCGAGCUCUGGAGUGUUGAAAUCCCUCUCAAGCAGCUGAUGAUCGUGGGCAUUGACUGCUACCAUGACAUCUCUGCGGGGAAAAGGUCCAUUGGUGCGAUGGUGGCCAGCCUCAACCACACCAUGAGCAGAUGGUACUCCAAGUGUGUGCUGCAGCACAAGGGUCAAGAACUCAUGGAUGGACUGAAGAUGGCCUUCGCUGGGGCAUUGAAAGACUACCUCAAAUUCAACAACUGUCUUCCAUCACGCAUCAUUGUGUAUCGAGAUGGCGUGGGGGACGGGCAGCUGCACAGCGUGGUCAACUACGAGAUUUCACAAAUCUUGGAGUCCAUCAAGUCCAUGGGACAAGACUACGAGCCAAAAGUGACCGUGGUUGUGGUGAAGAAGCGCAUCAGCAGCAGGUUUUUUGCCAUGAUAAAUGGCAAAGUGAACAACCCUCCACCAGGGACAGUCAUCGAUACAGAGGUCACGCGCCCAGAGUGGUACGAUUUCUUCAUUGUGAGCCAGGCUGUUAGGUGUGGAAGCGUCUCACCGACCCACUACAAUGUGGUGUACGACACCAGCGGACUCAAACCGGAUCAUAUGCAGCGGCUCACAUACAAACUUUGCCACAUGUACUACAACUGGCAGGGUUUGAUCCGUGUGCCUGCUCCAUGCCAGUACGCCCACAAGCUGGCCUUUCUGGUGGGGCAGUCCAUUCACAGAGAGCCCCACAUCAAACUGGACAACUAUCUCUUUUACCUUUGAGCCCCAGAAGCCAGUCCCAAGUUCAGAUCUGGCUGAUUUGUUGUUGCAAGUUUUCUGUUUCUGAUGCACACAUUUAAGAUUUAGAGAAUUUUUUUGUUUCUCAUUGUUGGCAGACAGCCCAAUCUGUUUAAUGUAGUGUUCUGAAAAAUAAACGUACACAUAGUGUUCGUGUCCAUGAGAACAAAACUUGUGUUUGGCAAAGGUUUAGAAGAUCUUCUUUACCUCUCUUAAGUUGUUAAAUAAUAAACUUAUUUUAUGCUGUCA